UGCACAGUAUAACUCACUCCUGAUGCAAAAAUCUAGGUGUUUUGGACUAAAGCAAUAAUAAGGGCAUGACGACAGAGGUCAAGACUUCGCAUUCACCUUGUACUAAAGACCUCAUGCCUAAAAUUGAGUCCACUGUAAAGAAGGAGCCACUUGGGAUUUCUGAUUCUGUGGAGGUGGAAGAAAAUCAACGGCUUGUAAUAGUGAAGAGGGAAAAGGCAGAGUGCUUGUCCAAUUCACAUCUUCAAAGUGAGGCUGAAAAGUCAACAGUCUAUACCAGUAGUGAUCAUCAGACAAUGGGUUUAGAAAGAAACAUCAUUGUCAAUAACACACCUCAUGAUUGUAAGAUUAAAAGUGAAGUAUUCAACAACCCCAGUACUGAUAAACAUUCUGGUGAUUCGCCUUUUAAUUGUGGUGUAUGUGCUGAAGCAUUCAAAGAUUCAAGUGCCUUAUUGAAACACAUCGAAAACCAUACAGAUGGUAAAGUGUAUCAAUGUGAGGUCUGUUUAAAACACUUCAGUCGGCCUGGUUACUUAUACAAACAUAAGAAAAUACAUACUGGAGAGAAACCCUAUAAAUGUGAUGUUUGUGGAAAGGCUUUCAACCGAACAGAUGUCUUGCAGAAACACAUGACGACACAUACAGGUGAUAAGUUAUUCAAAUGUGAUGUGUGUGGGAAGGCAUUUGGCCGUUCAGAUACUUUAAAGAAGCACAUGAGGAUACAUACAGGUGAUGAAAUCUACAAAUGUGAUGUGUGUGAGUUGGCAUUCAACCAAUCAGGGACCUUACAGAAACACAUGAUGAUACAUACAGGUGAAAAACCUCAUGCAUGCGAUGUGUGUGGGAAGGCAUUUAGCCGUUCAGAUGUAUUAAAGAAGCACAUUAGGACACACACUGGUGAGCAAAUAUACAUAUGUGAUGUGUGUGGGAAGGCAUUCAGCAGGCCAGAUAAUCUACAGAUACACAUGAGGACACAUACUGGUAAUAAACCUUAUAAUUGUGAUAUGUGUGGGAAGGCAUUUAACCAGUUGCCGAACUUAAAGAGUCACAUGAGGACCCAUACAGGUGAAAAACCUUUUAAAUGUGAUGUGUGUGGGAGGACAUUCAACCAGUCGCAGGCUUUAAAGAGUCACAUGAUGACACAUACUGGUGAUAAACCUUAUAAAUGUGAUGUGUGUGGGAAGGCAUUCAACCGAUCACAUACUUUAAAGAAGCACAUGAGGACACAUACAGGUGAAAAACCUUAUAAAUGUGAUGUGUGUGGGAAGGCAUUCACUCAGUCAAGUACCUUACAGAGGCACAUGAGGACACAUACAGGUGAAAAACCUUAUAAAUGUGAUGUGUGUGGGGAGGCAUUCAACCAGUCGCAUGCGUUAAAGAAGCACAUAAAGAUACACACAGGAAAUAAACUUUUCAAAUGUGAUGUGUGUGGAAAAACAUUUAGCCUAUCAGGCCAGUUGCAAAAGCAUGUAAGGACACAUACUUGUGAUAAGCCUAUUAAAUGUGAUGUAUGUGAUAGGGCAUUCUACGACUCAGGUGCUCUACAGAAACACAUGAGGACACAUACAGUCGAUAAACUCUGUGACGUUUGUGGAAAGGCCUUCAGCAAUUCAGGGGAAUUUCAAGAACAUAUAAAGAUACAUACAGGUGACAAACCUUAUAAAUGUGAUGUGUGUGGAAAAGCCUUCAACUGCUCCGAUACGUUAAAGGAACACGUGAGCACACAUACAAGUGAUAGGCCAUAUGAAUGCGAUGUGUGUUGGAAGGCAUUUUAUCGUCCAGAUGCUUUACAGGGUCACAUGAGGAUACAUACAGGUGAUAAACCUUAUAAGUGCGAUCUGUGUGGAAAGGCAUUCACCCGACGUGAUUCCUUACAGAGUCACACGAGGAUACACACAGGCGAUGAACCUUUUAAAUGUGAACUAUGUGAGAAGACAUUCAAGUAUGUAACGGAUUUAAAAAGACACAUUACGAUACACACUGGAGAUAAACAUUAUAAAUGUAAAUUCUGUAAAAGAAAGUUUUGUAAAAAUUCGGAUUUAACUAGGCAUCUGAUGAUACAUACAGGUGAUAAACCUUAUAAAUGUGACGUGUGUGGGAAGGCUUUUAAUAGAUUAUAUCUCUGUAAGGCACACAUAAAGACACAUACAGACGAAAACCCAUAGUAUUGUGAUACAUGUAUAAGUGGAAAAAUUAUUCACAACUAGUAUUUCAAGUAACUUACAAAAACAAAUGGUGGCGCAUUCUGGGGGAAUGAAAAACCUGACAAAAGUGAUAUUUAUGGAAAGUCAAGCCAAAGGGAACCAUAAACGUAAAGACAUAACCGUUUUGAAAGCUCAUAUCGGAAUACUUGUGGAAACUUAUGUGAUGGUGUGAUCGAAGCAAAUUGAUGAGACACCUCACAAAUUUGAUUUUUGUGGUAAAAGUUUCAUUAGAAUGUUAAAGAGGAUUCUUACAGGGAAUUAAACUUUACAUUGCGUAAUGUGCGGGAAGUCAUUUAGGCAUUCUAAGUUUUUAUGGGGACAAAUCAAGAUGCGUAUUGGUGAUAGACGAUUUAAAGAUUUUGAGAGACACCUCUUGUGUUUGAGAAGGCGUGUUGGUAGAUGAUUAAUUUAAAUACUUUAAAAUAUGUGUAGGUGGCAACGUGAAUAGCGUAAAGAAGUAAAGCGUGAAGAAAGAGGUUCAUUAAAAGAAAAGGAAGAUGAAAACACAUAAUAACGUUUGAUAUAAACUUUUGUGCGACAGUAAAGGAUAAUCAAAUAAAUAUGUUCAUUAACAAAUGACUAUUGGAUGUGCAAUGCAUAGAGAUUACAUGUACAUAAAUGCUGAUGUAUUUAAAUUGUUUGUGUAAGGAGAAGGGUGUAAGGAAAAGUGGUUCGGAAAUUAAGAAUGUUAAAAUAUAAAUAUAAUGCUUGUGGAAGGAUAAAUCAUAAUAUAAGAAUUCAAAGAAUGAAAAGAGACUUCAUAAAAGAAUAUAUAUGAAGAGGUAAACCUCGUUUAAGUGUGAUAUAUUUGGAGAGACUUUUGUUAAAAUAACACAAUUGAAAUGCAACAUAUGGAGAUAACGAACUGUAUUGAAAUCAAAAAAGUCAAUAAAAAAAUCCAAAAUUGGAACAGAGGAAACACGAAUCUCCAAAACAUCAUAGGUGGGAUCAGGUGCCUCUUAGAAGUAAGCAUCGGCUGCUGAACGGUCACACCCGCCAUGUGUUCCUUGUCAUGUUCGGGAUAUAACGGGAACAUCCGUCGUCAAUUCAAGAACAAAAAAAAUGUAUGAAAAAGUCCGUCAGCAUUCCCUUAGAUGAUAAAUUGUAUUUGCUGACAAUACCAUAUCUAGAACUUAGGAAAUGAUGACAUUAAACAAAAAUGCGUAUAUUCUUGUUUCAUCGACUAACUUUACUUACUUAAUCCUCUUCGUGCUGGAUAGCACAUAAGGCCGUCACCAGAGACCUCCAUGUUGGCCUGUCCUGUGUCCAUUUCUCUAUCUGUCCCCAUGUCCAGCGGUUCUUUCCCAUCUCUUUCUCUACAGAUCUUCUCCAUGUUUCUUUUGG